AUGGGAGCGUGCGGACGUGGCGAGCGCCGAAGAGGGAGACGAACGCGGAUGAUGAUGAUGUGUCGAGCGGACGACGGCGGGUCGACGCGCGGACGACGAUUUUGGGCGCACAUGAAGGAUGCGCGGAGACGUGCGCGAGCGCCGCGGACGUCGUCGCGAGCGGAGGACGCGACAGAAGAGCGAUGUUCUGGACGAUCGAUCGGCGAACGAGGUGCGUUGAGGAUAACAGUUAUUGAUUCAAUUCUCUCAAGAAUUCUUUCGCGCAGGAAAGCGUCGAGACCGGCGAUAACGAGGGCACACGCGGGGACCGUGCGCGCGGUUGCCAUUCUCAGAACCGGCGAGGCGGCGUUGACCGGGUCAGACGACAAGACGAUGAAGCUUCACGCGCUGACGCGAACGAGCGAGGGCGAGGAUGGAGACAACGCUGGUAUUUCUUUGCGCUAUCAAGCGACGUUCGUCGGACACACGAACUGGAUCCGGGACGUGUGCGUGGCGAGCGACCUUGCCGUGGCGUGCAGUGCGAGCGACGACAGGACGACGAGGUUGUGGGAUCUCGAACGCGUGAAAUGCGUGCGUGUGUUCGGUGAGGGGGGCGGCGAGGUCUAUGUCGCUCGAUUCCAUCCGCAAGGAAACGUUCUCGCGAGCGCCGGAGGAUCGCAGUCGAUACGGUUUUGGGACACUAGGAGCGGCCGAAUGAGUCUCGAAAUCGACGCCGCUCACGACGCGAGCGUCCGAUCUUUGGACUUUCACCCAGGCGGCGUUUACGCGUCCUCCACGUCGGACGAUGGAUCGAUCAAGUUUUGGGACCUAAGAACGGGUUCCAUGUGCUAUACUCUUCGAGCGCACGGCGAACACGGGGUCCUCGAUGGAAAGUUUUCACCGGCAGGCUCGCGGUUUGUGAGUUCGGGUGAGGACGGCCACUGCGUCGUUUGGCGCACUAAUACCGUCGAUCACGCCGAAAAUGCGCCGAAAAUGGAAACAAGAUCAUUUUCGCAUGCUCAAAGAAGUCGUUCACUGCCUUUCUGCGCCGAAAUCGACGAUGCACCUCUCGUCUCUUGGCCUUCUCCGCGUCUUCGGGCGUUACGCGUGAGUGAACACCCGCGUCCUCCGCAGAAUCGACCGGAAUACCUCCCACGCGCGCCCAGUAGAGAUAUUCGCGCUCAAGUCGACUAUUUGCGUCAAGUGGCACGUGUGCUUCACAUCAGACUCGUCGACGUCGAGGACGGGCUCGUCGGUACGCCCGUCGCGCGCGCGCGCGGACAUGGCAGACCAGGGUUGUAG